AUGGCUGCUCAGCCUCAUGUCGUAAUACUAUCGAGCCCGGGCCUAGGCCAUGUUACACCCCUCCUCGAGCUUGCAAAGCACCUUGUCACUUGUUACUGCUUCCAAGUCAGCUUCCUUAUGUCUCAAUCGGAAUCAUCCACCGGCAGAGAACAGGUCUGCCAGUCAGCCUGUCUUCCUUCAGGCCUCAACAUAGUCAACCUCCCUCCUCCUGACUUAUCGAACGUUGUUGUUGAUGAUAAUGAUCUCCUUGGCCGAAUCUUCUUGAACGUUAAACAGACCAUCCACUCCCUCCAACCAGUUCUCCAACAAUUCCACAACGUUACAGUUUUCAUUGUCGAUAUGUUCUUCAUUGAGGCCAUUGAUGUCAUUAAGGAGCUAUCAAUUCCCACAUAUAUCUUCUUUACUUGUUCCGCCAAUCUUCUCGCUUCGUUGCUGUCCUUUCCAACUUUAGAUCAAGAACUCAAACAUGACUUCUCUGGAGUCCGAAUACUCAAUUUUCCUGGCUGCAAGGCUAUCCCGGUCACUGACCUUUUUGACAGCAUUGUUGAUAGGCGAGUUUUGCCCAUGGCCAGCAGGUUUCCGGAGGCAGCUGGAAUUCUAAUGAACGCUUGGGAAGAACUCGAACCCAUAACUCUUCAUGCUCUGAGAGAGAACCUGUUCUUUAUUCAGAGACCCACCACCAGUGUAUGUAGUCGGACCGGUAAUCAAGAUGAAUGA